CUCCAGAUCAAACACACUGUGACCGAGGCCGAGAUCCAGAAGCUCAAAAACAAGUUGGCGUCAGUGGAGAGGGAGAAGCAGCGCUGGGAGAAGGAGAAGACCCAGCUGAAGGCUAGCAUUGAGGAGAACAAGGAGAGGAUGUUGAAGCUGGAGAGCUACUGGAUUGAAGCGCAGACCCUCUGCCACACGGUCAACGAACACCUGAAGGAGGCCCAGGCACAGUACCAAGCUCUAGAGAAGAAGUACAACAAAGCCAAGAAACUCAUCAAAGACUUCCAGCAGAAAGAGGUGGAGUUUAUCCAGAAGGAGGAUGCGGAGAGGAGGCGGCUGGAGGAGGCUGAGAAAGCCCACCUGGCUGAGAUCCAGGGACUGCAAGUCAGGAUUGCAACUUUAGAGUCGGAGCUAAUGCAGCUGAUGAAGCAGAACGGCAUCCAGGUCAACAACAACAACAGCAACAGUGCUGAGAGGCUCAGCGUUCCGCAGCACAGCCCUAAAAGGGCUGCAGCACAAGCCAUAGACCUGAGGGACAGCUCUCCCCACUCACCAAGUAAAAAGAAAAGCUACAGAGGAGUCGCCCGAGAAAGCUUCAGCUCCACAGAGGGAGAGGUCUUGGAGGGGCAUGGCAGUCCAACCCACAGUCGUUCUGGUUCGAUCCGUAGCGCGGCUUCCUGUGAUGGAGGAGCUGCAGUCCUCAGGGGCCUUGGCAGUGCAGAAAGCUCCCCCAGACGAACACUGCCCUCACCGUCAUUAGCAGGAGCCCUCCAGGACGGUUCUGAGCCUCCUGCACUGUCGAGCCCCUCUCACAGUCUGGAGGAACACAGACAUGUUCUGGACCCUGGGUCCUCCCUCAGGAAAACUAAAGUGAAGGACAAAGAUCCCAGAGCUUCACCUGGAAACAGCUCCAUAGAGCCGUCAACAGAGGACAGUCCAGAAAAACUCAAGGCCAAGUUACAUGAGACCUCCCUUACGUGGCCCCACUUCUUCUCAUAUUCAUAUUACUUGGGACCCACUUUGAAUGAUGAUCUGAGUGCCAGCAGCAGCAGCUCAGUGGAGAUCAGCGGCCUGCUGAGUGAAGCCAAGAUGUCGGGACGCUCACACGCCCUCGUGCUCUCUUCAGACGAGAGUCUGGAUAUGAUAGACGAUGAGAUCCUGGACGAGGGACAGUUUCUGAAGCAGCAUCAGUGGCAGAACCGCAGCAUACCAGAGUGGACCUCCCAGCAAGUGGCCCGCUGGCUCAUGGGCCUCAACUUGGAGCACCAUAUCCCAGAAUUCACUGCCCAAAACAUAGAUGGAGAACAACUGCUUCAGCUGGAGAGCGCUGAGCUCAAGGCCCUUGGAGUUGCUUCUUCCCAGGACCGUGCCCUGAUCAAGAAAAAGAUCAAAGACCUUAAAGUUCUGAUGGAGAAGGCCAAGAGGAACCGAGAGAAAGUGGAGAAACAGCGUGAGAAGCUACGGAAGAGAGAGCUGGAGCAGCAGAAAGAGGCGCGCAAAGAAAGCGCGGCAUAGUGAGUGAAUUGUUAGAUCACCUCCCGCUUUACUGUAGCACCACACCAAGUAGCAUCUUGCGGAACAGAAAUUCAGUGAGCCCUGAGGGACGCCUACUGGGUAGUUCAAUAGUUGUCAGUGGUGGAGCUACACAACCAACUGUUGGAGAUUGCUGAUUGACUUUUUCACCAAGCAGAUUAAACCAAAAUGAGCAGAUGGGUAAUAGGAUGCUGACCCAUUAAUUUGCCUCAUUUUACACCCAUCCCGUGUUUUUAGCCAAUUAAGAAUUUAUUCAGUUGUAUUUAUUUUGCUGUUUAUAGCUGUAAAUUGGGUUUAUUUAUUCAUAUCCGGAAUAAGUCUGUGAAAAGUCAACCUCAUCCUCAUCCCGUAUCAUCUUCAGAGCCGUCUGUGUUACCAUCACAGGACAUUUACAGGACAUGACGACCAUGUACAUGUACAGUGAUAAAUACAGAUACAAAUAUGUCUGAUGUGCCAUUUUGAUAGAAUUAUGUGUAACCUGUUCACAGACAUAAAUCGCGUUAUUUCUUUGACGAAGCACAUACAGGUCAGGCCUGUGUGGUGGACUAAAUGAGGCAGUACUCAUAUCCCACCACUGGGUGUCACCAUGCUGCUUACUUUCACUACUGAAGAAGUAAACACUGGAACUGAAGUGGGAACCGACUUUCAUUGGGAGAAACAAACUCUCUCAGUACUUGCAAGAACACUGGAAGUGCAAACACUGUAAAUGUAACCUUACUGGCUUGUCCAAUGCUCCUUACAGUAUACAUGUACCAUGUACCAUACUAAGCAGUUGACAAAGUAUGAAUGAAGACAAGGACAUACUGUAUUCGCUGGACUAGUUCUAAUGGGGACUUCAGGUACAAUGUAAUCAUGAAAUUUGUAACUUACCAAACCCAUACCACAAAAACAAAAAAGUUAAAAUGACACUUCCUGCUUAUAUGCAUAAUGUUGCUUUGACUUCGCUUGUAACCUGCUUUUGACCUCUUUUUUUAUAUUCUCUCUCAAUAACAAAGUAAUACCCCGCUGCUGCCUUUAGAAAUUCUAUAGUAGUAGAAUUUUUCUGAACUCUGCCCGCUUCUGUGUGAGUGUCAAAACACAUACAGUAGACAUUUCUAAUUUUGUUUUGUUUUUUCAUAACAAUUACAGGUCAAAGUUCACCGUGCAAAUUACUUUGGAAUAUCCUGAAUAAUGUGUAGGAAUGCUGCCAUAUACAUAAGGACAGAGUCCAGAAAUUGUCUUAUUAAAGAUUAUUGUACCUGAUACUACUGAUGUUACACUGGAAUUUGCAUCUGAUAGAUGCAAUAUAGUUAAGAUUUUCUUAUGAAGCUUCAGUAAGACACAUUUUGAUUUACUUGUUAGAUUAAAAAAAAAACAUUUUGAAAUUAUUUUGACACAUGCAUUUUAUGCAAUUCUUGUUUUAGGAUUAUGAAGCUCACUGAGAGACAUGUUCCCUGUGUUACUUCUUUAUCAUUCCCAAGAAUCAUUCCGUAGGUUUACAUUAAAUAUAGACACCAGUGUCACCGUCAGAGAUAUAGGCAGCUGUGGUUACGAUUUCCUUUCGUCUUAAGGGCCCUGCCUGGUGCACUGUUAACAGGUUGAGAACAAGAAUAAUAAUAAUGGGGGUUACAGAUACCUCCAUGCAGUGCCACAGUAAUACAGGUGUCACUGAUCUGAUAAUGCUAUUAUUUAUUUAUUUCUGUAUUUAAUGAAGCAACUGACCACUGUUUAUGAUAACUUAUACAAAAAUAAGAGUAUUAUUAACACUUAAUAAUGAUUUAUCCAGAAUUGUAUGAUUACUUCCUAUUGCCAAAACAUAAUUAAAACUGUUCAUUAAAAAUUAUUUAGAUUCAAAUGGUUGUUAUCAAAUGAAGGAUUCAAAGCUUGGAAAUGCAAAGCGAGAAGACAACACAGUAAUGCUCUCCCAUCGUGCUUGCGGUUUUCCUCUAAUUCAACCGUAGUGCUGCUCCAGUGCUACUCCAAUGAAUCAUGAUGUGUUCUUAUGACAUAUUUUGUAACACCUGAACCUUUCUGUGAAUACCGCCCUCCUCUGUCAAGUCGGUCAGCUGACUGCACUCUUUUGACUCUUUUGUAUGUAUAGUAAAACACUGAGAGCAAUACGCUGUAAGAAUCCUAAA